AUGAGCGCAACAACCUCCACUCCGCUGCCAGCUGAGGGACCUUCGACGCUCGUCGAAGAUGUGAUUGCCGCUCUGAUGCUGCAGCUCGCCGACAUUGACGAAUACGAGGCGACCAAGAAGGGCAAGUAUAAAGCCGAUGACAUUCCUGACUUGGAGGUGGCAUACGCCAGCUAUCUGGAUGAGAUCAAAGCCCAACUCCAGAUCUUGGACGAUAUCAAGCUCGCACACAGUAUCGCCAACGCGGUCAGUGUAGAUGCAGAGGCCAUCGAAGAAGUUGUCCGAGCAGAAAGCCAGGCUCAACGAGACAGACAGGUAGCUUUGCUGAUGGACGCUGGAGAUACUGACGUGGAGCCGCCACCUCCGUAUACUGAGUCGGCCCAAGAAACAUCAAUCGAAGCCGAAAUCGAGCGCCUAGGCUUGUACAGUGAUGGAGAAGACAGCGACUCGACGAUAGCCGGACCUUCAGAGCCAUACGUUCGACGACAGGUCACCGCAAUGCAGAAGCUGGGACGGCAGGGAACCCAGUGUAUCGCUUGCGCCGACUCGUUCCGCGCAGUCGACGUUACCAAGCUUGAAUGCAAGCAUGUGUACUGCAAAGACUGCCUGCACACCUUCAUCAUGCGCGGUAUCGUCGAGCGUGACCUCAAUCUCCUACCACCUCGCUGCUGUGGCGAGACAGUGCCGUUUGAAGUCAUCAAGAGUGUUCUCGAAGAGGACGAGCUAGUUGCAUUUCAGGAUGGUCAAUUGGAGCGCGAUACCAGAGACAAGACGUACUGCAGCAAUGCAGAAUGCGGCAGAUUCGUCUCACCAGUCGACAUCACUGCUGGCAAGGCCGUCUGUCGGCAUUGCGGCACACAGAGUUGUGCGUUGUGUAAGCAGACAUUCCAUGAGGACGACUGUCCUGCAGACAUAGACCUCCAGGACACGCUACAGCUUGGCAGGGAGCUGAAUUGGCGACGAUGUUUCUCUUGUCGUGCACUGGUCUCGAUCGAUUUUGGAUGCAACCACAUGAUGUAA